AUGAGCGUAUUCAUCGACACACUCCUGUUCACGUCCCUACUUAUACUUUUAGCAUGGCUCUACAUACACAACCAAUUUCAUAGCAUAUACAAACACGCAUCUGCAAACCUUUUCCCUGGCGUCGUUCUUAUCCACUCAUUGUACUCCCUAUAUGGUCUCAUCCAACGUCCACCCAACCUUUUCACGCGCCUACGUAUUCCCCUCACUCUUCCCGUAGAGCGCAUUCGUGCGUUGCUCUUAUUAGAAGCUGGAUUCGGAGCAGGUGGAGGAGGAGAUGGAGGACUUGCUGUGUCCGUCCCAAUGCCACCUGAUCUCGAACUUUUACUAAGUCGACUCAAGACGGAUGAAUCGAGGGGUUGGUUCGUUCGGUUUGGUCAAAGGGCGCUGCAGACUUGCGCCCCAUGCACCUCUGCGAGCGAUUAUGCACUAUUUGUGUUCGCGGGCGCGAUUCUCGCAUAUGUCCGAACUGCUGCAGUGCUGUUGUUGCUCACAUCUGGCGCAAAUGGAAGAGAUAGAUGGAGGGGGUAUGUUUUAGGUGUGUUAGUAUGCGCGGCCCUGGCAGAAUGCUACGUCUUGGCGAGUGUGAGCGCUGCUCCGCUUCCCAAGGACGGAAUGAGGGUGUUCAUGUGGCACGAUAAAAUGCAGUUUGCACGCCAAGCGCUGUCCCUUCUACUCCCGGUCAUUACGCAGUUCCUCCCUGUAUCGCAACAGCCAGGACCACCCAGUAUGUCCCUUGCUCCUGCUCUCGCACACCUUGAGCGCUCCCUCCCGCGCGCACAUCUGUUGAAAUACACGCGAGCUGCUGUGAUGCGCCGGCCUGAGCUGCGGGAGCGCGCGGUGCGGUGGUGGGCACGGGAAAAGAGGGAAGGAGAUGCGGGGAGGGAAGAUGAGGGUGUGCGGAAAGCGGCGGAGAAGAUGGGGCUUGGGUAUGCUGAUAUGGGUGGUGAGGACGGGAAGUUGAGGAUGAGCGCGAGGAUGGCGAUAGAGUCCCUGAAGGGGUUCUACAUCGCUAGCAUAUAUUUGCAUGAGAUGAUGCAAUGCCACCUCGAGCUUUGGUUCUCUGGCUUCAUCAUGCCAAUUAAGGGGGACUCCCCAGGACAUGUGUAUGUGAUCGAGGAUGCCCUUUGUCGGUUCCCCAUGUUGCAAGCAGGUGUCUAUACACGAGCUGACGCUAGUGAUGUGAUCUUUGCGCUUACCGGAGACCUGCCCAUUGCCCUAGAUACGGCAUUGCGUGCUCAAGUUCUUGCGGUGGAUCACGCGCUUUGA